CCCACCAGCCUGAUUAGAUUGAUCGACUCUGUGGCACCAGUCUCCCUUUCCAUUUUGUUUGUCUCUUCUAGUUGUACAGAUACCAAGUCACACACAUUGUGUCAGCACAUCCCAUCGAGUAUUAUCAUCCGUACCAACAUAACAGCAGCAGUAUCAUCAUCACGUGUCUUGUUUUCAUCCUUUCGAGAUACUUGGGGGACUCGAAAAGACGGACCGGACCGAUCGACUACAGGAACCGGGAAUUUAAAAUGUUGAUAGCCGCAUCGAAUUCUUCAUAGUCGAAUCAGUCACGCGACAAUAUUGGUUUAUUGGUUAUUGGACUUUGUCGAACUGGGGAGGUCAGCCGCCGUGAGCCGGAAGCCGGAGCAGAGCAAUGAUGUAUCUCAACGGCAGAUCAGCAGCCAUGCGAAUGUCGCAUCGAUCACUUCAUCUCGUUGAGGGAUCUUCUUUCAGAUAUGGUCCUCAUUCGGCGCGGUCGUGGUCGACCUCCACAGCUUCAGUUUCAUUUCUCAACCCAUUGCCGGUGCGGUCACGUCAGCCGGCAACAUCGCUCUGGCGACGAGCUUCAACGUGUCUCCCUCUGCAGCGCACGAAACCAUCGUCUGCUCGGUUUGCCUCGUCUGGAUCAGGGUCUCCCUCUAAAGAUCCUGUCAAGGCUGCGACUAAGGAGAAAAGUCCGCUAGCUCCAUCCAAGAUACUCCAAAAGCUACCAAAACUCGCGCCAACGACACACGAGAACAUCUAUACCCUUCCAAAUUUUCUGACCUUUACGCGACUGCUUGCUGCCCCUGCGGUUGGGUAUUUCGUCAUCAAUUCUCAACCUAUCGUCGCGCUUUCGUUGUUUUUCUACGCCGGCGUCACCGACGCCGUUGACGGGUAUCUCGCGCGGAGAUACAACUCGCAAACUGUUGUGGGAACCGUCAUUGAUCCCAUGGCCGACAAAGCCCUGAUGACCAUCGCCGUCGUCAGUCUGACAGUUCAAGGCAUUCUCCCCUUAUGGGUGAGUGUCAUCAUUCUGGGAAGAGAUGUCGCUCUAGCCAUCUCGGCCAUUUAUUUCCGCUGGAUCAGUCUGCCCCCUCCAAAGACCUUCUCUCGUUACUGGGAUUUUUCCCUCCCAUCAGCAGAAGUCCACCCCACAGAGAUCUCCAAGAUCAAUACCUUCUUGCAGCUACUCUUGGUUGGUAAUGCAAUGCUUUUGCCGGUAUUGCCAACGACGUUGGUUGAAGCAUGGAACCUUGUUGGUGUCUUCGAAGGCUGGUGUGGUCUUGUAGCCACGACUACCAUAUGGAGUGGUCUCAGUUAUAUCGGCAACAAGGAUGCGGUCAAAAUCCUGAGCAAGGAAGAAAGUGAACGGCGACAGAAAAAUGGUCUAGAAGAGCGUUCCAACAAAAGUUAAAUUUAGGGUUCGACGCUGCAGAUAACACCCUGGCUUCAUGAGACCUCCAGCAGUCGUUCUCCUUGCAGUAAAGAGCAUCAUUGGUGAUAGCAUGGAUGGUCAGAUUGGUGGGUCUUCGAUUCUUCAAAAUCAGUCUUCUGGUAGACUGUCAAAAGAGUCCAUGUAUAUUAGACAGCACAUUCGUCAUCAUAUUCAAUCAUCGUCCGA